AUUUCUCUAGGGUGCUGAUAGCGCGGCUCCGGUUCAUGUGCAUUUUACUGACAUACAUCAGCUAGCCGACGACUACAUUCACCAGGAUGUUGGAUUACAAAUGGAAAUAGAUACAGGUCAUGCAGCGUCAACAGAGGGAGUUGGUAUGCAACAGCUUGAUGUGCCUGAUAUUGGAAUGGAUCAUGGCAACGGGAGUGGGGAAACAUUAAAGGCAUCUACUGAAGAGAUUCAAGAAGGUGGUGAUAAUUCUGGAGAACACAAGGAAUCAACGGUACAAUAAAUCAAAUACAUCUGAUUUUUUCAAAAUCUUUAUUUGUAUUUAAUGUAUUUCCAUUUCAUGAAUAGGAAUACAUAGUUCAAUUUCCUAAAGACGCCAUAUCUAACAAAUCGCCAGUCGUAUCAGCGAACUCCGCCGACAUAGCAGAGGUCCUAGCUGAUAUUUCUCGCACAGGCUUCUCUUUGGGCCCCUCUCAUGAAAAGAGUGUUGUACAACACGAAGAUCGUUCUGUUUUUGAGACACCGCACAAAGUUGGUGAGAACGUGCUACCUCUCUCUCAAUUUCUCUUGCUCGACGAGCUGCUUCCAAGCCAAAUUCCCGAAAGACGAAUAGUUUUGCAUCCAUCAGUGGCCCACAAUAGGCGUCCUAGUAAAUAUCAAGUUUCCCCUUUCAUGGAGGAUUACGACUCUGCUUCAGGAAAUUAUUUACAAACAACAGUUAAUGUAUUUAAUUUUGUGUAUUCAAAAGUAUAUUUUUUUGAUCAUAUAUAUUUGUAUAUUUCAGGUGGUUCACAAUUCAUCAGUGUGCGCAUUUUUUUUAAAAAGUAUCCAUUCGUGGAAGAUCCCAUCACCGGCCCAGUCGACGUAGAGCUUUUUGAUAAAUACUUGACGUGGAUUCGUAAGAGACUGCUUGUCAGGCAUGAAAACAAAAAGAACAACGAGGAUCGUUACAGAAAGAAGAUGGAAGCUUUUGAGAAUGAUGCAGAUUAUACUUAUAAUUUUGGCAUCACAGUAGUUGAAAACAAAAACUGGUUCUACCAGUUAUCAAUGAGUGGCCAGCUAUGGAAUGAUGAGCACAUUGACGUGAUUUUCUACUACUUGCGAAAGAAAGGCAAGUAUGACACAAGGAGCACUUUCAAAUACACCACAGUUGACUGUCUCUUCAUGCAAAAGGUUGAUCAAACGUAUCUUGCAUAUAACAACCCGGAAACUGGACCCAAUGUAGCCAACGAAGAAGAUGACAUAUGUCAAUAUGUUAAGGGUCACAGGUUGCAUGCAAAUGUCCCGUGGCAUUCAGUUGACAAUAUUCUUAUACCUGUCAACAUCAAAGAGGAUAAUCAUUGGAUUUUGGUUGUACUCUCAUUCAAUGACAGUUAUGACAGGCGACUUUAUGUGUACAACUCAUACCGAGGCGGCGCAGGCCAUAAUGUAGUUGUUAAAAGGGAAAUACAAAAGCUUGCUACCCUCCUGCCACAUUAUCUACACAUCAGUGGAUUCUACACUAAAAAAAUUGGCAUCAAUUGGAUGAAUCACCCAGCAUAUAUGGACAUGUCACAGAAUGAGAACAUUCAAGUGGAGUAUGUAGAAAAUCUAUCGCAACAAGACACUAACAGCGUGGAUUGUGGUAUUCCAACACAAAUAGAUGCAAAGAUGAUCCGCACUAGAUACGAUGCACUCCUUUGGGACUACGCUGCACGGAAGAUCGAUGAACAUGCUAUGAGCAAUAUCCAGGCGCCACCAAAACUAGUUAGGCCAGCAGUAGAUUAUGACAAAGUUGACACAAUUGAUGUUACUUAG